AGAGAAAGGCAGAAAUGUACAAAAGCACUUACUGCCACGUAGAGAGAGAAAGCAAGAGAGAGAGAGAGAGAGAGAGAGAGAUUGGGUUUGUGGGUGUGUGUAUGGAGUAUUUCAGAAGCUCACUGGCUUGCUAAUUUUGAGAGCGAGAGAGAGAAAGAGGAGUACUGUGCAAGUUUCUACUCGGGCUUGUAUAGAGACUGAGCUUGAAAAGAACCCAUCUUUUACUUUUUACUGCAUUUGGGUCUCUUCUCUUGAAUAUCAUUUCCUUGUAGUUUCCACAGGACGAUAAAGGAACCCAGAUUAAGGGGAAUUUUGGUGUUCCCAGCGAAGGUUUUGGGGUAAUGUUGAGGAAGAGAACCAGGUCGCACCAGAAAGAUCAACAAAUGGGUCCCUUAACAAUGUCUGAUCCUGAUUCUGAGUCCUAUAUCCAGUCUGAUUCCAUUGGAAACAGUCACAAAACAAACUCCUUUUUCAGUGUUCCUGGUCUGUUUGUUGGGUCAACUCCUAAGGGUUUAUCAGAUUGUGAUUCUGUUAGAAGCCCAACAUCUCCUCUAGAUUUUAGGGUGUUUUCAAAUUUGGGGAACCCUCAUCGCUCCCCAAGGUCAUCUCACAUUGGGCAACAGAACCAGAAGAGCUGGGAUUGCAGUAAAGUAGGCUUAAGCAUUGUAAAUUCUCUUGAUGAUGAUGAAAUGAAACAUUCUGGGAAAGUUCUGCGAUCUUCGGAGAGCAAGAACAUUCUUUUUGGACAAAAAGUGAGAAUUAAAACCCCAAAUUUUCAACCCAACGUUAAUUCUUUUGAGGCACCAAAGUCUUUGCCAAGAAAUUUUGCAAUUUCCCCUCAUACACCUAUCAAAUCUCCUCUUCCAAAGGGCAGCUCUGAUGUUGUUUUUGAGAUUGGAGAAGCCCUAUCUGAACCUGAACAAUAUGGAAAAAUCAGGUCUUGUUCAUUGGAUUCCUGCAAGUCAUUUUCAACCCUGUCGCGGUUAGCUGACCGGAAUUCCAACUUGAGUUCUGGGAAUUCCCAUUUGAAUAAUCUAACUACCCGGGCUAACUCUCCUCUUCAAUUUUCCGGGGUAAGCCCUAAUUCAAACAAAUCUUUGCAUAUGGAUUUGAACUUAGCUCCAAUGCCUGUUGGCUCUGCUAGUGGAUAUAUUGCUUCUCUCUCUGCAAGUGAGAUUGAGAACUCUGAGGACUAUACAUGUGUCAUUUCACAUGGUCCCAACCCCAAAAAAACUCACAUUUAUGGUGACUGCAUCUUGGAAUGUUACUCUGAUGAAGGGAAGGAGAUUGGAAUUCCUCAGGCUAUUACAAGCUCUGCAAUUCCAAGAACAUUUCCCUUGAACGAUUUUUUGAACUUCUGCUACCAUUGCAGCAAAAAAUUGGAAGGUGGAAAAGACAUUUACAUAUACAGAGGUGAGAAAGCCUUUUGCAGUUUAAGUUGUCGUUCAGAGGAGAUUAUGAAUGAUGAAGAAAUGGAGAAGGCAAUCAACAAAUGUUCUGAUGAGUCGCCAAUAUUCGACAAUGGGGAGGAACUUUUUGAAAAUGGAAUUUUUGAUGCUCCAUAAAUUCACUAGCAUGGCUUAAUAACAUCCACCAUGCCCGUGAUUGAUGAAACUAUUAGCAAAGAUAGACACCCUUGAUCAACCGUCUCGAAAGAGCUGUUUAUGUGUCAUCUAUUAGCAGCCAUGGAUGAUCGUUUUGUACAUUGUUUCCUUUGCUCUUCAUGUUUCAUUAUUCACGGUCAUGGUGAGUGGAUUUUUAAUUUGACUUUUUUUUUUUUUGAAAAAAAAAAUUAAAAUUUUGAUUUUAGACUCAUAUGGCCUUAUAAUUCACCUAGAACAGUGGUUGCUGAUUUUUGAGGCUACCCUAUCUGAUUAAUUUUCUCAUCUAUCUCUAUUAUUGCAAGAGUUAUUGUAUAAGUCUGCAAACUCCACAAGUCCUUUUUGUGACUUAAUAUAUAAAAUGCUAUUAAUUAUUAUUGUA